AUGUCAGAACAUGAAAACUAUCGUAAGAAAAAGAAUAUACCAUAUGAAACCCAAACAUUAGCGAAUAAAGAACAACUUGAGCAUGAACUAUUUGAAUUUUUUGCUGAUAUUAAGCGACAGGAUGGAAAACAUUAUAAAGUCAAAUCAAUUGUAUUAACUUACAUCUCUCUUCGACGUUUUUUAUUUGAGUUCUUCCGCAAAUUAAAAUUUUUUGAAGUUAUAGAAUUUUAA